AUGAGCGUAUCAAACAAUCAAGCAUGUUCUUUAUCUACUAGCACUGUACAAUGUCACACGUAUCCCAUAUAUGUCUUCUCCACACCGCACGCCCAUCAAUCGUCAAUCAUCUAA